AUUUAAAAUGAUUGUUGUUGACACAUAAAUAUUGCAGUAUUUGGGAAAUUCAUCAAGACAUUUAAUGUGUGUGACUUUUAAGGAAGCGCUGCUGCCAGUAUUGAUCUCGGUUGAAAUUAGUAUUGGAAAUUAAAUGCUGGACAAUAUCUGUAUAUCAGAUAUCGGGUAGGAAAAACCAGUAUUAUGGCUGUUGAGGUGGCUUAGUGGUAUUUUGCUGAUGCAUCCCAUAUGCCCUUAAAACGAGGUAUUCAGGACAUUCCUAACUGGGAGGAGGCUUCCAGGCAGAUCUAAGAAUGAGCUGGCGGUAUUAUGUCUCACAGCUGGGCUGAGAACACCUCAGGGUGCCACUGCUGGAGCUGUAAAAGGUGGCCGCAGAUGGAAGUCUGAAUGUUUUCCAUCUUUUGGAACAUAUUUUUAGACAAUUCAUUGAGUACAUUAAUCAUGUCUCAUCUGAGACACUAGAGAAAACACAGUAACCGAUAAAGUGUGAAAGUUUUGAACAUGCUGUAAAAUAAAUAUACAGUUCAGUAGGUACCUUAUUUUUUCCCUAGCACAUAUCGACCUACUUUGGAUUGGUUUUUAGCAUUUUUAAUGCGCAAAAUGUAUCAAAGUGGCCCCUAGUAGAAAUACUUUUGACACCCCUGUUGUAGUUGGUACCAAGUACAGGUUUAAAAACUAUGGUUCGUAGAAGAAUUCAUGACUCCACUAUAAGAACGACACUGGUCAAAACGUGUCAUGAUUAUGCACAAAUGACCCAAUCAAAGAGGUCACAAAAGACCCCACAACAACAUGUUGAACUGCAGGCCUCCAUUUCCCAAGUUAAAGUCUGUGUUCAUGACUCAACUAUAAGAAAGACACUGGUCAAAAUGGCCCGCAUGGCAGGCCAAAAGAGUUCCAAGACCAAAACCACUGCUGAACAAAAAGAACCUUCAGGCUCAUCUCAAUUUUGCCAGAAAACAUUUUGAUGAUCCUCAAUAAAUUUGGGAAAAUACAUUUUGGAAGGUGUGUGUCCCAUUACAUCUGGCAUAAACGUAACACGUAACAUUUCAGAAAAAACAUCCUACCAACAGUAAAAUAUGGUGGUGGUAGUGUGACGGUCCGGGGGAACUUUGGAUUGGCCUGGUCAAAAUCCUCACCUGAAUCCUAUUGAGAUGCUGGAAAACUCUCCAAUGUGGCUGAAUCACAAUAUUUCUGUAAGAGACUCAUUGCAAGUUAUCGCAAAUGCUUGAUUGCAGUUGUUGCUGCUAAGGGUGGCCCAACUACUUUUUCGGGGGCAAUGACUUUUUCACACAGGUUUGAAUUUUUUUUCUCCCUUAAUAAUGAAAAGUUUUAUUUAAAAACUGAAAUUUGUGUUCAGUUGUGUUGUCAUUGACUCGUAUUUCAAUUUGUAGAAACAAACAUUUUGACACCCCUAUUGUAGUUGGUGCCAAGUUCAGUUUUAAAAACUAUAAGUUCGUAGAAGAAUUAUAUUAUUGUGUGGUGCCCUUCAGCCCCUCCUCUUCUUCUUGACCCAAAACAUUUUUAUGAUCCACAAUAAAUUUGUUAAAAUACAUUUUGGAAGGUGUGUGUUCCAUUAAACACGUAACAUUUCAGAAAAAAAACAUCAUACUAACAGUAAAAUAUGGUGGUGGUAGUGUGAUGGUCCGGGGGCACUUUGGAUUGGCCUGGUCAAAAUCCUCACCUGAAUCCUAUUGAGAUGCUGGAAAACUCUCCAAUGUGGCUGAAUCACAAUAUUUCUGUAAGAGACUCAUUGCAAGUUAUCGCAAAUGCUUGAUUACAGUUGUUGCUGCUAAGGGUGGCCCAACCACUUCGUUCAGUUGUGUCGUCACUGACUCGUAUUUCAAUUUGUAGAAACCGUUUUGACACCCCUGUUGUAGUUGGUGCCAAGUUCAGAUUUUAAAUAUUAUUGUGUGGCGCCCUUCAGCCCCUCCUCUUCUUCUUCUUCUUGACCCGGAGCAGCUCCACCUCCAGCGCUUAUCCCCAAGCCCCGGCCCUACAUUUCACCCUUUCCCCUAGUGCACUCUUGACCAGUGCGCCAAGAGCAGAUGGAGAGCAAAGAAAAGUGUGUCAGGACCCGCCAUGACUCACUUAACCAUCACUCCCCCCCACCCUUCCUAUUCCUCCUUUUACUCUGUUUUCUCAUCCAGUCUCUGUAGUCCUUCCCCGGUCCCGGGAUUUGGGGCAGACAUUGAUUGUCAUUUAUUCAUAGCGCAGCUGUGAGCGUGCGGCAUUAGCAUCCGUGCAUCUGUCCGCCGGGCGCUCAUGCGGUCAUCCCGGUUGUGUUUGUGUGUCUCUUCGCAUCCGCGGGCUGGUGUGCCAAGGAUUCUUUUUCCAAGUUAAUCUCUUCGGAAGAGGUGUGGUUCUCCGUGGCUCGGCGCUCCCUCUCUCCCUGCCCCUCAAGCCUGAGUGGCGAUAUCAUCACAAGCUCUGUCCUCCUCGCAUCUUUUUCUUGCGCUGCUGUUGCUGCCACCGCCGCCAAAGUCGCAAAGCCUCGGCUUGUCACAUCUUGAUUUUUCUUUUUGCGAUGACUUCUUGCGGUGAGAUGGGGGACGCCAUCGAGCCCAGUACCAGGGAGCACGUGACCCCGGAGAUGAACAAGCUUCGCCAGAGUCUGAGGAGGAAGAAGCCCACCUACGUGCCGGAGGCCAGCAGACCACAUCAGUGGCAGGCGGACGAGGAGGCUGUACGCAAAGGCAAAUGUAACUUCUCUGUACGGUACCUGGGCUUGGUGGAGGUGGAGGAGUCCAGAGGGAUGCACGUGUGUGAGGAGGCAGUGAAGAAGCUUAAAGUUAGCGGCAAAAAGACGGUAAAGGCGGUAUUGUGGGUUUCAGCGGAUGGACUCAGAGUGGUUGAUGAUAAAACCAAGGACCUCAUAGUGGACCAGACCAUAGAGAAGGUGUCCUUUUGUGCUCCUGAUCGAAACUACGACAAGGCUUUCUCCUACAUCUGCCGAGACGGGACCACCAGACGAUGGAUGUGCCACUGCUUCAUGGCUCUCAAAGACUCGGGAGAGAGACUGAGCCACGCGGUCGGCUGUGCCUUUGCCGCCUGUUUGGAGAGGAAACAGCGUCGGGAGAAGGAGUGCGGCGUGACGGCAUCUUUCGACGCUACUCGGACAUCUUUUGUACGGGAGGGUUCCUUCCGUACGAACUCUGCCUGCAGCCAACAGGGUAGCACCGCCGGUGAGCGCGACGACAAACUGCAGGAUAAGAAUAAAGACCAGUCUUCCGUUCAUGCCGCCCUGCCGCCCGGUACCGCUUCUCCGCCCGAGGGUGCGGCGUCACCCAUGGAACGACCAGAACCUGGCGGGCCUCACGCCAUCCCUCGCCGCCACGCGCCCAUCGAACAACUUGUGCGUCAAGGCUCAUUCCGGGGAUUCCCAGCUCUCAGUCAGAAAAACUCCCCCUUCAAGAGGCAGCUGUCACUCCGUCUCAAUGACCUGCCGUCCACCCUGCAACGCAAGACCGACUUUGACUUUGAGGCCAAGAACUCCGUGCUAGAGAUGGACAUGGCUUUGGCAGGCGAGGGGGACAUCAAUGCCCUGUGUUGUCAGAUCAACACCUCCUUCACGAAGCCUUCCGACGAUCCAUUCUCCAAUCCCUGUUCCUCUGCGGGUGGCCUGCCGACCUGCGUUGCGCCCGCAGCCUUGCCCCCGCCGCCAGCAUCGAUGCAGGCUGCAUCAUCCUGGGUUCAGCCAGACGCUCCUCUUCAUUCUCCUCCUCCCGUCGCCGUGGCAAUGCAGAGUGGGCACAAACGUACCCCAUCCGAGGCUGAAAGAUGGCUGGAAGAGGUCUCCAAGGCGGUCAAGGCUCAGCAGACGCCCCCGCCGGGCCCUGCCAUCCCCACCAUUCCGGGGCCGCCGUCUGUAUCAAGUCAGCAGAUGUCCAGUCAGGCCCCGGCGUCCAGUAUGUCCGUGUCCAAACCCCUCGUCGCAGGCCCCUCUCCAAUGCCGCUUCCACCUAUCUCCAUAUCAUCUGUCCCCCUGAUACCGGGCCCUCCAAUUUCCAGCCCACCCAUGUCUUUGCCUUCCAUGUCCAUCCCCACAAUGUCUGGUCCAAGUAUGUCAGGAGCCCCCAUGAUGCAGCCCUCCCUCGCCGGGCCCCGAGGUUCCAUCCCGAGCGCCAUGCAGGCCUUUCCUUUGGCCUUCGAUGCAACCCCGGCUCCUGUCGGGAUGUACGCCAGUCAGCCCGUCCAACCGGCUUUCGUUCCCAUGCAAACAUACAUGCCGGGUUUGGCUAGCAGCAUGACCUACCCGACCGUCAGCGUACCCGUGGUGGGCAUCACUCCAUCUCAAAUGGUGGCCAACGUCUUCUGCACGGCCACAGGCUCAUCCGGCGCUGGAGGUGCCAUCGGCUGCGGAGUUGGAGGGCCUAAAGUGGGAACCCAUCAUUCUUACUCAGGAGCACCCGGUGCGGUUGGACCCACGGGUGGUUUUUGCACGCCGUUCUCCUCCACUCCCCCGCUUUCAACAGCCAUCAACGGUCUCCCACCACACAGCAGCACCCCGGCCGCCCUUCCCAACGGAACCUCCAACAGCGGCAGAAGCGGCAGCGUCGGUAGCUGGCCGCCAGAGGGAAGCCAGUUGACCGCCCCCGUGGCCGGUACUUCCAAAGACGACGACCGUUUCGAGGCCAAGUGGGCCGCGCUUGAGACCAAACCAGCAGCCCAGGCGCCCGGAAGCAAGACUUCUGCGACAGCGGCGCCCAACCCUUUUUCCAACAACCUGCAAAAGACGUUUGAGAUCGAGCUCUAAGAUGAGGAGCAAAGUGAGGGCCCCGCAGUCACAAAAGGAGAACUUGCUCCAGCUUCUCUCCUUCAGCCCUGGAAUGUGGUCUCGUGUCGGAGCGGCGACGCCCAGCAGCCUCCUGACGGCUCUUGGUGGAGCAUCUCAACCAUAAUGGUCUUGCUUUCUUCAGACUUCACCAAGAGCUUUACAGACUGCUGGGCUGACUUUUGGAGGGCAUCUCUAAGUGAUCAUGUGAUGAUCGAAACCCCGGCCCCUCACCUUCUUUCUUGCAUUCAUAUCUGCACUCCGGCUUUACUUCAGCAGCUGCAAGUCCCUCGACGUUUGAAAAGUGUUCCACUCGGACGCAUUCCGAUCUCACGAUUCCGAUUUCUUCAGGAAUGACAUGAAGAAACCGAAGCGUUCUUGGACUGACUGGAUUCCAGAUUGUUGCUCGUUUCAGAAACACCUAAUUAUAUGUUCCCUCAAGGACUCGCUGACUUAUUGCCAAAAGUAUUUUAUUUAUUGUACUUUAUUUUCAUGUUGACAAGUUAUAUUUACUUCAAAUCCAAGAUAUUUUUAUCCUAUAUAUUUAUUUAAGUUGAACUCUUGAUAAAAAAGACCAGGAAAACAAAGAGUACCGCAGACAUCAAAUACAGCGGAACCUGUUUAUGUUGACCACCCGUCUUAGUUGACCAUCGGGUCCUGGUCCAACGUGUCAUUAUUCUUACUAAAAAGUACUCAAUGAGGUCAAAUCGGUCCGUUUAUGUUGACAUGGUGUAGUAUUGUUAACUCAAAAUGGAAAAUGUGGGUGGAAACUAACAUUUCAAAAACUGCCGUUCAGUCCUCGUCUUUGGUAAGCAGACGGUUAUGUCAACAACCGCUUAUGUCAAGACUUAGACGGGUUCCACUGUAGUCGAUCGGGUUUAAAUAAGAGAGUCUAGGAUUUGUGGGUGUGGAGUCAUGGACCGAAUCCCCAGGGCAGCAACGUAUUUUGUGUACAUAGCGGCGUACUGCUUCCACUGUCAGCUUUCACAUGUACAGCGUGUACUUUUGCUCCUCCGCACAAACCAGUACAAGUUAGCUUUAGCUCCGGCGGCCAUUUCUGUCAGAGUAUCCAACACAAGGACUACAAAUAUGAUGCACUAGCUCCCAAAUACAGGGUAUCCAGGCUAAUCAAGAGUCAAGUUGCAGUGGUUCUACACGCCAACAGGAACGGGAGUGAGGGGAAUGAGCGACAAAAAGCAUCGUGUAUGUGAACGAGUUGAAGGAGAACAAGUACGUCGUUAGAAAGAAUAACAGCCGAGCGAUGAGAGGAGAAAAGAGUGAAAAUGUGGACGACGGAAUCGUGUUACUCCGCUCUUAAAACUUAUUUAUACAGUAAACCUCGGAUAUAUCGGAUUCAAUUGUUCCCACUGGUUUUGUCCGAUAUAAGCGAAAUCCGUUAUAUGCGUAUACCGGAAAAUGUCCGUUUUACGCAUAUAUCGGAUUUAUAUCCGGUAUAUGCGUAAAUCGGAUUUUAUCCGUUAUAAAAUGGCACUUCCUUGACUAUGUUUCCAAUGUACCUGGACGCGCAGGCAACGCUGCAAACGCUGCAAAUGACUGUCACGAUUCGGCGAAUCGGAGCGCCUCGAUGCGGCCAUCCGAUAUAUGCGAGGGAAAUUUAAUGGAAAUGGACUGGAGAUUUUGUCCGAAAUAGGCGAAAUCCGUUAUAAAAAAUCCGAUAUAUGCAAUGAAUUUUUAUUGGAAAUGCAUUACAGAAAAAUCGGUUCAUUUUUAUCUGUCCGUCGUGAGCGAAUUUCCGAUAUAUCCGAGGUUUACUGUAACUUCAUCUUAUUGUUCAACAUUUACAUUCUGAUAAUCAACAGUGGAGCCCGUUUAUGUCAAUUAACCGUAUCGUUGACCAACUUAAGUCCGGUCCACUGCAUUCUCAUUAUUACGAAAAAAGUGCCCGCUAAACCCAACAUGGUUGACUACUUUUGUUGACAAAGUUUAAAGGGGACCUAUUAUGCUAUUUCCACUUUUCUGACUUAUUAGUGUCGUUCGCAUGUUCUACUCUCGAUGCUAAAGUUUCAGAUAAUUAAGUUUGCGCAUUUGUAGUGAGCCCUAAAAGAAGUUUUGGAUGGCUGAAAAUGCUCUGUUUCAGAAGGCAUGGUGAAGCUGCCCCUAUGUGAUGUCACAGAGGAUCGGACUUCCUUAUAUGGGCAUGGCUGUAAGCUAGAUAAGCUUUUAUUUUAAAAAGAUACAUCGCCGUUUGUUAUCAACUCCAAUACCGUUCGCAGCUAGCGGCACAAACCGGAAGUCCUUUUAAGCACUGGUGAGUAUGACCAACCACAGCGGAGUAGGCGUGUCUGGAGGCGGACCGUGGGUGGAAUACAUUAAAACAGACCGUUAUUGCAGGAACCACGAAAUCCAAAGAAAUACAGCUGAAUAGGUGCAGAUUCUGGAAGCACGAUAAAACUAUAAAGUGCUGAAGAUUAGCAUAAUAGGUCCCCUUUAUGAGCUAAAGGAGUCAAUUCUGUGCAAAAUUGGUCAGUUUAUGUCGACAUAUGUUGUAGUAUUAUUACUAAGUGUUUUUGCCAAAGCAGAUUUAUGGUUAUGGUAUAGGACCAAAGGUCCUUACUGUCAGGCUUCCAUCUUCCUUUCUGCUCACAAAAUGAAUUUAAAUUUUGCACAAGGGAAGAAAACCAGGUCAAAAAAGUCACACCAAGUUAGGUUGACAGCCGCUUAUGUCAACGUGAGUCAAGGAUGUGGACUUAAACGGGCUCCACCGUCGUACCUGGAACUACGGUAUGCUAGGAAAAUGUUUCUAGGUGCUACGUAUGAUUUUAAGUCCCUGGGAGGUCAAAAGUAUGAAAAGUCAGUGACAGUGUUUGCUACUUGUUUACUGCUUACGCUAUAAAUGUGGCAGAGGUCCUAUCUGAUAGGCUGCCUUCUCAACAAAAAAAACAAAAACUCCAUGAACUCCCCAAAUAUCCGUUUCUUUCUUGACAAAUCAUGUUUGUUCCAAAAACCCUCCAAAUAGGAUGAGAUUUGAUAUUCACAGAUAAUAGGUUCUUUCCCUGGACUCUUUUUGUCUCAAUGAUAUUUCGAUGAAUUGUGAAUUCAAAGCAAACUAAAUGACCUCACGAACUUGAUUGUAAAACUUAGUUUAGUGACAGUAACAAAGCAAACCGGUGGAGUUUAUUUUUAAUCUUUAUUUACAGAAUUUUUGUAUUUAAACCUACAUAUUUGUUUUGUAAUUACAUUGUACAAAAGAUAAAUAAAGUAAUAUAAUACGA